ACAAAAAUCGAGGAAGAGCUAUAAAAAUCGGUUGCGAAGAUGAAGUCGCUCGUGUGCACAUGUUUAUACUUGUCUUGCGUGCCGAUCAGUUUUGCGAUUGCAUUACCUUUAAAUAAAGCUCCCGUCAACGCGAUACACCCCAUUAUUCCUGACAUUGUUAGAACAUCGAAUCAGAAUUUAUUACGGCUCUACGAGUCGUCGCAGGAUGCGGAAGUGCGUCCCGGUUUGUUCGAAGGAGAUAUAGCUGUGACCAGCGAGUAUUUCGAUUACUGGCGCGUCGGUUUACGCUGGGACGUUUUUCCGGACAAACUGUGGGAAAAUAAGACGGUUCCUUAUGUAAUUAGCGCUCUGUACGACGCAGCGGAUUACGUGAAAAUAUAUAAAGCUGUCACAUAUAUAAAUUACAUGACAUGCAUAAAGUUCGUUCCAUGGGACGGUAAAGCCAAGGACUUCCUGCUGAUUUGGCCGAUAAUGUAUCCCAAAGGAUGCUGGUCAUUCGUGGGGAAAUUCGGUGGUGCUCAGAUACUCUCUUUGGAACCGCCGGACGAGAAGGGGCCGAACUGCUUGGAAAACGAGGGAAAGGCGAUACACGAGUUGAUGCACGCUCUCGGUAUCUUCCACGAGCACAGUCGCGCCGACAGGGACAUGUAUAUAGACAUACACUACGAGAAUAUUAUCCCUGGUAAAUUAACAUUCAGAAAUUAUGCAAUUGCAAUACAAAUUCGUAUAAUUAUAUUGCGCACAAAAAUUAAAUUACAUUUAAUUAUAUAUUUUAUUACGUUGUGUGAAAACAAUAUUUGCAUUUCUUUAUCCAUUUUUCGUAUUAGGAUUUCGAUCAAACUUCAACAAGCAAUCGCCGGAGAACGCGACGUACAGCUACGAGUACGGAUACGACAGUAUAAUGCAUUACGGAAGCCACUUCUUCAGCGCGGAUCCUACAAAACCGACUCUGACGCCGAAAACACCCGGCAUCGCGAUCGGCCAACGAAAAGCGAUGAGUAAAACCGACUGUCUGAAGCUGAACGAUCUUUACGGAUGUUUGGACAAAUCGGACCAAGCGCGAAUAUAUUACAACAUUUGCAAAACGUUAGGAUUA